CCCAUGGCUUCACAAGAAAGGGUGGAGAUAGUGACCAAAAGAACGGGGUUCGGGCGCUGCCCCAAGAAAACUACUUACACCCCGGGGACAUGCGAGCUGCUCAGAGUGAUGAUGAAGGAAUCCAAACUGACCAACUUCCAGCAGCGCCACAUCCUGGACACCAUGAAAAGAGGAGACACUUUGCCUCUGCAGUGCAGCCCAACAUUCAGCCAGAGGGUCUCACCUUCCAAGCAGCCGGCCCCAUCCAUCUACCUGCCUCCCAUCCUGGUGGCCCAAUCUCACCUGCGGCCCGCCAGCAUGUGCCAAGCCAACGGGGCCUAUAGCCGGGAACAGUUCAGGCCUCAAGCCACCCGAGAUCUGGAGAAGGAGAAACAGAGACUCCAAAAUAUCUUUGCCACCGGGAAGGACCCAGAGAAGCGGAAAAGAAAGGCCCCUUCUGUGAGACAGGAGGACCCAGCCCCUGAGCUGGACCGGUUUGAAGAGCUGGUGAAAGAAAUCCAGGAGAGGAGAGAAUUCCUGGCUGACAUGGAAGCCCUGGGACAGGGCAAGCAGUAUCGAGGACUCAUCCUGGCUGAAAUCUCCCAGAAAGUACGGGAGAUGGAAGAUAUUGACCACAAGCGGAGUGAGGAACUUAGGAAUGCUCUUGCCACCCUUAGUGUGGCUCUAGCAACAGGACCAGGAUAGCCCAAUCUUGAUCCCUGGAGCCCACUCCUUUGCCAAGCAGGGUGGUCCCCAGGUCAGCCCAGCCACAUCAAAGGGUCACACAGCACUGCCCUGGCCUGCAGUACCUUAACACGUACACAGCAGCCUAGCCCUGCCCAGGGAGGCCGAGGCAGUUCUUGGCGCCUCCAAGACCUACAGUCACAGACAUGAGCUUGGAGUCUUUUCUAGCAGAAAGAGCCCCAUCCCAUCCUCAGUGAAAGCAAGGCCUGGGCGGUCCUUCCACCUCGGACAUGUCUGUAAGGGCAUCCACUGGACCCUCUUCCUGCCACCUCCAGCCUCUGUGUGUCCUGCUCAUUUAGUUUCCUAAACUUAUGAAUAAUUUUGAUUCCUUUCUUCCUAUUUCUCUUGGGAUCUACAUUUUUGACUUCUUACUGCAUUGGACAAAUGUUCAACCACAAUGAUUAACUGGCCAAUAAAGCACAUUUAAAAUGGGUCAUUACACAUACUAUUUUGUUUUUAGAGGGAUAAGGCUUAUUUGUUCAAAGAGAUAGAAUCUGUCAAGCACAGAUGGUCCCCAGAUACCUCUUUGCAUAUUUUAAGUGGAAAUGGGAACCAGUGCUCUUGAGCACCCCAUAGCUGGGCACUGUGGUAGGUACUGAAUUUCACUUGUUUAUUAUCUCAGUAAACUUCUGGGAUGGUUCAUUAUCCCUCCAGAAAAACUAAGACUCACGAAAAUACUUCUACCAAGGGCAUUUAACUAGCAAGUAGCCUGCUCAGCAUUAAAAGUUAGCUUUAUAUGGCUCAGCGCCUGUGGC